GUGAGCAGCUGGAGUUGCACAGGGCAUCGCUACGGUCUCCUGGCCGCCUACCCCCCGACCUUCUCUCCUCGUUGCACCCGGACGGGCCAGUUGGGAGCUCCCCGGGCGUCCUCUGUGUGGCCACGAAAACCAGGCUAUUUUCCACUGUCAUUGCACCAUUUUACAUUUCCACUAGCUGUGUGUGAGGGUUCCAGUUUCUCCAUAUCUUCAUCGAUAAUGAUGCUGCUUGAACUGAACAAUUAAGGGUUCUAAAGUCAAAACCUUGAGAUUAAUAAUGGCAGGAAAAUCUUCGCUUUUUAAAGUAAUUCUUCUUGGAGAUGGUGGAGUUGGGAAGAGCUCUCUAAUGAACAGAUAUGUGACCAAUAAGUUUGAUACCCAGCUCUUCCAUACAAUAGGUGUGGAAUUUUUAAAUAAAGAUUUGGAGGUGGACGGACAUUUUGUUACUAUGCAGAUUUGGGACACAGCCGGUCAAGAGCGAUUCAGAAGCCUGAGGACGCCGUUUUACAGAGGUUCUGACUGUUGCCUGCUCACUUUCAGUGUCGAUGAUUCCCAGAGCUUCCAGAACUUGAGUAACUGGAAGAAAGAGUUCAUAUAUUACGCAGAUGUGAAAGAGCCCGAAAGCUUUCCUUUCGUGAUUUUAGGCAACAAGAUCGACAUAAGUGAACGUCAAGUGUCUACAGAAGAAGCCCAAGCCUGGUGCAGGGACAACGGCGACUAUCCUUACUUUGAAACAAGCGCAAAAGAUGCCACAAAUGUCGCAGCGGCCUUUGAGGAAGCGGUUCGAAGAGUGCUUGCUACUGAGGAUAGGUCAGAUCACCUGAUCCAGACAGACACGGUCAGUCUGCACCGAAAGCCCAAGCCUAGCUCAUCUUGCUGUUGACCAUUUAGAGAGGUUGCCUGUGUGAUCUAACCAGCUCACACACAUACACAGAAAAACACAGGGUGGAGAAGAGAAUUAGCAUUGCAGCAAUGGAUCAUCUACUCAUAAAAUUAAACUAACCAUAUUGCUGUUUUGUUAGUGGGCGGGAGAAGGGACACAUCCACUCAUGGAAGAAUCAAUUUACUCAGUAGUGGCACCGUACAUUUAUAAAUUGUAAUGGUUGUCUGUUAACGUUUAAUUUAAAUAUGUACGUUACAGAGCUAAUAAAUGAGAUGAUCAGUACUUUAAUUAUAAUUAAAACACUUGAAUAUUCUGGAAGUUACUGAUUGUUUUUUUCCUGGGAAAAUGGAGAACUACUUUUAUAUGUGUAUAUUUUUAUGUAAUUAGCAUUCAGUUCCUGGUUGAGGG